AUGGCGAGGACUUGGGUCGUGUUUAUGGUGCUUUUCGUCGUCAUCGUGGAUGGCGGAGCUGCACGUCCUGUGGGGAGCGGCUGCGAUCGGAGGACGCCAAGAGAGCGAAAUGAACUGCUAGCUCAUGCGCCAGAUGCGGUGGCAGUAGUACCGAUGGGGACUGGAGGAAAUGGCGUGGGCGAUCAGAAGAACUUCCUGCCGGUCGGUGGCAUCGGGAUGGGCGCCGGAAUGGGCGGCUUUGCUGGCAUGGGCGGUUACCUCGGCGGGGUCAGUGGAGUCGGCGGUGGCUUUGGCAUGGGUGGCGGUUUUGCGGCGGGAGGUGGUGCCGGUGUUGGUGGCAUGGGGGAUGUCGGCACUGGUCCGCUUGGCGGUCUUAACGGCGUUGGUGUCGGCCCUGGUGGAAGUGGUGAUCCUCUUCCUCUUCCUUAG